AUAAAAGAAAAAAUUGAAGAAAUUAAAGAAGAGAAGCUCCAACUACACUGACGGUUAUUUCCACACACUCCCACCUAAGCUUUUUCUCGCGUUCUCCGCCAAAUCUGCCCACAAUCCUUCCCUUUUUAUACAUUUCUUCACUUCUUCAUCCUUCCUCUUCAUCUUCUUCUGCAAAAUUCAUUCUCCCCAAUUCAUGAUCUUCAAGAAAAACCCCAAUUUAGUUUAGUAAUCAGAAGAAGAAUCAGAACAAAGAAAGGGGGCAAAAAAAUGGCUUCUGCAUUUUCAGCCACCGCUUUCAUGCAGCCUUUGUUCCUCAACUCUUCCUCCACCUCUUCUUCCAGAUCUUCCGACCGACCCCUUUUCGGUGACCUCAGUUCCUCUUUCCUGGGAUCCACCACCCAGAAUCUUUCUUUUUCCCGACCCUGCAUUGUUCCUUCUCCUUCCGCUUCUUCUUCAUCGUCGUGCUCCGCCCGCCGCCGGACUGUUGUUUCCGUCUCUGAGGCUGUCAAAGAGAAGAAGUCCGCUGCCAAUGCUUCUCUUUCCAAUCUGCUUGUUACUAAAGAAGAGGCCUUAGUGUUAUACGAGGAUAUGGUUCUCGGCAGAGCCUUUGAGGACAUGUGUGCCCAGAUGUACUACAGAGGCAAAAUGUUUGGUUUUGUUCAUUUGUACAAUGGCCAAGAAGCCGUCUCCUCCGGCUUUAUUAAGCUUUUGAAGAAAGAAGAUUCUGUUGUCAGCACUUAUCGUGAUCAUGUCCAUGCCUUGAGCAAAGGGGUCCCAGCUCGUGAAGUCAUGAGUGAGCUUUUUGGUAAAACCACUGGCUGCUGCAGAGGACAGGGUGGUUCCAUGCAUAUGUUCUCUAAGGAGCACAACCUCCUUGGUGGUUUUGCUUUCAUUGGUGAAGGCAUUCCUGUUGCUACUGGGGCUGCCUUCACAAGCAAAUACAAGAGGGAGGUCUUGAAAGAGGCUGACUGUGAUCAUGUUACUUUGGCCUUCUUCGGUGAUGGCACUUGUAACAAUGGCCAGUUCUUUGAGUGCUUGAACAUGGCUGCACUUUGGAAACUCCCCAUUAUAUUUGUUGUUGAGAACAAUUUAUGGGCCAUUGGAAUGUCUCACUUGAGGGCUACCUCAGAUCCUCAAAUUUGGAAGAAAGGGCCAGCCUUCGGGAUGCCUGGUGUUCAUGUUGAUGGAAUGGACGUCUUAAAGGUUAGAGAGGUAGCAAAGGAGGCCAUUGGUAGGGCCAGGAGAGGUGAAGGGCCAACUUUGGUUGAAUGUGAAACUUACAGGUUCAGGGGACACUCUUUAGCUGACCCUGAUGAGCUUCGUGACCCCGGUAAGAUCUUUGGGACUCAUUAUUUAGGCAUGAAUUACAUUUUAACUGUAGGAAUGUCAUUUCCCGCAAGACGUCUAUUUCUGUCUCAUAGGUUUUUUAGCAUGCAAUAGUUUUUAAAUCUGAACGAGAGUUGAUUGGACUCGAUAUGAACCAAAGCACUGCAUUUCUUUUCAUGACUGCUACGGAGAAUCAUCCUUCCACUAUUUUGGCACAUUACCGUACCCAGAAAUUUAUUUUUAGUUUUUAAGAACUAAAAACUUUUUUUGGAUAAACGUUGGAGCGAGUCCAGGCUGAUAAGCAAUGGUUAUAUAUAAUGAGAAAAUAGUUAUUCUAAAGUCAUUGGGGUGGUCAUUUGACUUGAAAGUGUUCUUCCAUCCGCUUCAAAGUGAUCUAAUUUCUUUUGUGUAUUACUUUCACGAUGGCUAAGAGAAAUUUGUGGUGUUUGUCCACCAUUCUCUGGUUAAUACAUGCCUUAAUGUGUUUUGUUUUGUUUCAACUUGAACUGUGAAAACUCUAUAUGAUGAUGUGAAAGUAGCAUUGUCAGGAGUCUGUAUGAUAUAAAUGCCACUGAUGUCUUCUUUUAUGGAACCAUUUUGCUAAUUAAGGUGUCUUUUGUUACAGCUGAGAAGGCUCACUAUGCUACCAGAGAUCCCAUCACUGCUCUGAAAAAGUACAUCUUUGAGAACAAUUUGGCCAGUGAAGCAGAAUUGAAGGCUAUUGACAAGAAGAUCGAUGAGUUAGUUGAAGAUGCUGUUGAGUUUGCUGAUGAAAGCCCUGUUCCAGCUCGUAGUCAGCUGUUAGAGAAUGUUUUUGCUGAUCCGAGGGGUUUUGGAAUCGGACCUGAUGGAAGGUACAGAUGUGAGGACCCGAAAUUCACCGAAGGCACUGCUCAGGUGUAACCUCAAUUUUUUUUCUUUCGUGGACAUAGGGACCUCAGCACUGAUGGCUGGCAGUUGUUGUUUGAUUAUUUAUGAUUUCUUAUAGGGAGCAUAAGUUUAUCUGGCAUUUGUACUUCUUAGUGUUCCUAUAAUUUAAAGUCCUGUGUAUGUUGAUGUCUCAACAUUUCAAUUUUUGGUCUUGUAUUUUUGACUAUUAUAUAUGGUUUUACAGUACUUUGUUAAUUGUAUUGACAUUUGAAUGGCCAUACCUUCAAGUUCCUGCUUUCUAAUGUCAUUUCUUAUACACAUCAUAAACUCUUCUAAAAACUCUGGACACACAUUACUUCAGCUUCUAGACAAUACAAAAUCAGCAGUUUCAUUUUUAUAACUUCUUUGCAAGUCAGGAUUACAGUAAUUUUUGAAUUCGGCAAAAGUGAAUUCAAAGAAGAGUAAUGAGGUACUGCAACCUCUGUUUGAAAGUGUUUUUUAGCGUGUAUAUUUCUUUUUUCUUUUUGUUCUUUUUUUUUUUUUU